CCUGAGCACAUAAACCCACCCAGAUCAGAAGCAACGGCUACAGGCGGAGAACAACAAACGCAGUGUUAUUGAAUUACGAAAGAAGCGCAACCAGAAGCCAUCAAUCUACAGCUAUGAUGGGGCAGUUUUUAAGAAUUGGACUUCUGUCCCUAAUUAUUAUGUUGCUGCUGAAUUUUGAGUCAACUUGUGCUAAAAGAGGCAGCAGCAGCAGCAGCAGCAGCAGCAGCAGUGGAAAGAAAUCCACAACGUCCAGCCGAGGGAGUGGAACCCAAUCAAAGCCAUCAAACUCUCAGCCCGGAAACUAUCCUCGACAGCAGAGCCCCAAUCGCGACACCAAUCCAUAUCCUGCUGGAGGUAGUUACCCAUACCCUGGAAAUAAGAAUACGAAUCCAGGUGGGCAAGCCAGGCAAAAUCCACCAAGUUAUCCAGGAGCAGGGAGCAACCCAAAUCAGUAUCCAGGAGGGAAUCCUGCUGGAGGUUACCCUGCAGGAGGAUACCCUAAUCAACCAGGAAGAGGCAAUUAUCCAAAUCAAAACCCAGCAGGAGGCUACCCCGCAGGCGGAUACCCUGCAGGAGGAUACCCUAAUCAACCAGGAAGAGGAAAUUAUCCAAAUCAGAACCCAGCUGCUGGAGGCUACCCUGCAGCUGGUGGAUACCCUGCUGGAGGAUACCCUAAUCAACCAGGAAGAGGAAAUUAUCCAAAUCAAUAUCCAGCUGGUGGAGGCUAUCCAGCGGGUGGAUACCCCAACCAAGGCAGAGGAGGGUAUCCUAACCAGUACCCUGCUGGAGGGAAUUAUCCCAAUCAGUACCCCGGAGCAGCAGGUGGCUACCCAGGUGGUUACGGCGGUGGUUAUGGUGGAGGUUACGGUGGAGGUUACGGUGGUGGCUAUGGUGGAGGAGCAAUUGGCGGUUACCCUAACUGGAACCCAAAUAAUAAAAUCCUCAGCCCAAGGUUCGGUGGCGGAGGUUAUGGAUAUGGUGGCUCCCAUGGCAUGGGAGGAUCUCCUUUCUCUCGUUCUGUGCAGGGCAUGGGAAUUCAGCCCAAAUCAACAGGCUUUGCCAAAAAAGCCAUGGUAGCAGCAGGUGUCGGUGCAUUAGCUGGAAUGGCCGUCGGUUAUGGGCUAGGGCGCUUCCCUCGACCACAUUUUGCCUUCCGUAACCCCGAAGAAGAAUACUAUUACAACAACUACAUGUACCGGCAUUAUGGGACCAAGUCAACAGAUGAAAAAGACUAUGGGCGGGACUAUGUCUACAAGCCUCCUCCACGGGCCAAGACCUACGAGACCUACAUGAAUGAAUGCAGGAAUCGCACUGACCUCCUCAAAGACCAAGGCUCAUCGAAUAGUGGAGCAACUGAUGAAGAGAACGACACCGUGAGCAUUGAGGAAAUUGGGUACCCAGCCCUGAUCGACCAAGUCAAGUCCCGCCGCUGCGUGGAGGAGUACAUGAAGUACUCUGCACAGUUUAUGGAGAAACGAAAGUUUGAACAACGGCAACAGCCAAGAGGUAGCGCUCCUAUGAGCAAUGGGGUGAUGCAGCUUUUCACAUCCGGCUUCGUGCUUCUGUCCAGCAUGCUACUACUGCAGUGAGGAAGAAGAAAAAGAUUCCUUUCAGCCACACCCCAAAUAGAUUUUCCCUGCUUCCAUUAUAGCUGUAACAGUAACAGCCUGUGUAUCUAAUCUUUACAGUCGAAGCGAUUGCUUAUAGAUUGUUAGUAAAUUUUUCUGCAAAAGUAGUGUAAUCUGGAUUAAGUUUUAAAUACACUGCUCUUCAGAAUAUAUUUAAUUUAUGGCACUUUUUGUUUUUAAUCCUUAAUGCUUGGUGAAGAGCAAAACCUCUCAUGGAAUUGAUGGUAUAAAUUAUUAAUAUUGAAAAUAGAUAUGCUGUAUUGUUUGUCAAAAUCUGUUUGAGUAAAUCAAUUUGUGGAGUGAUUUCUAAAUUAUGUAAUUAGUGUAUUAUAUAUCUUUAAGAGGAAUCCUUUUUGACAGAAUAUAUUUCCAUUUUAGCUGUUGAGAUUUCCCUUUUCUCUUCUCUUGCAAGACUUUGCUCUUACAUAAGUUUGUGUAUGGAAAAAAAAAGGAGGUCACAGCUGUGAGGAAAUGGUUCAAAUAAAGCACUUGACUGGAAACACUUGACUGCCCUCCUGAUCCCACUAAAGCCAAAUCAACACUCACAGGAAUAAAAAAAAAAAAAGCAAUUUUUGCCGAGAGGAGUGUUAUAAAGAAAGAAUACAUACAUUUUCAAUGUAUGCACUCAAUAUGUAUGCAUAAUAGUGUAGUGAAAGAUGCACUGAGAAAUUAGAAAAUGCAGUUUUUAGCAUAAUUAGCCCUGAUGAUUUUCUGAUCAGUGAAUGCAGCAAAACUAAAUACCUGGUCAAGCACUCUUUGUUGCGGAACUUGAUUUUGUGGGAGGAAGUUGGAUGUAUUGAACAGUUUCUUUUCUUUGGAAGCCUAUGAGGUGUUCAUUCAAGCAGCAAAAGAGAGCUUGACUGUGGUUGUACUGGUCAUUCACCAUGUUCUACCUUUUUUUUCCUUCUGCUCAGAAGCAUAUAAAAAACAGAAAUUGGACAUUUUGACAAACUAAAUGGGUAAAUUGACUUGGAAAGCAAAUACUCGAGUUAUAAGGCUGUUAGGUUUUACUCUCAUGAAAGAUGCUGGAUGUAGAAAUGCUUUCAAGUCUUUUCGCAACUUCCAAAUUAGGUCUACAUUCUCAAUAGAGUAAGCACAGUUAGCUUUUACAAGAGCUAAUGGCUAAUAUUAAAUACUAAAGACGAUUUAAAAAGUCAACUCCAAGGUAAUUUUGUCUUUAUUUUAAAAUAGUGAAAUCCUGUUUUACAGCAGGAUUUUGCUUCCAAGUCUAGAGAAAAAUAAUAUGAACUGAAUCAGCUAAACUGGUAUCAGUAGAUCAAAGUUUUGCAAAAACUGGAAAUCAGACAUAAAUUUCUAAUCUGCGCGUCUUCAGAAAUUAGCUACAAAUUCAGAAUACAUAGCCUAGAAUUAUGAGAUAAAUGUAGUGAAAAUAAAUGUACACUAUGAAUGUAGUGUGUUGUGUGGAAACUGUGUCAACUCUCAUUACAAGUUGUCGUUGAUUUUAAACCUUCUGUACUGCAAAGGUCUGAAACCUUUCUGUGUAAAAAUGACUUUCUUUCUCAGCUUUAUCCAUCUCGGACAUCUUGUUUGACUUCUGCUAGCUUGCUGUGACUCCCUGUUCUUCAUCUUUUAAGCUUUUGAUAAAAAAAGGAGAGAUCAGUUUGCAAUGUCACUAUGCUUCCUGCAGCUAUCGUGAAUGCUUUGUGCGCUGUUCGGUAAUAAUGUUGGAUGCUUUUAAUCUGCACAUUUAGAACAUUUCUAACUUUAUAGUUGUCCCAGGUAAUCUCUGAAUAUUGUGUAUCUUCAGAGAGGAAGUGGAGGCAAUGUUGCUGAGAAAGUUGUAUAAUAUACCCAGCAUGAGUUGUUAGUUUUAUAGUAAUUAUUGUCCCUGUGCACAUGGAUAUAUUUAUCCCGGCUUACCUUAUUGUCGAAAACCUAAGUCAUCGUCUAUUUGGUCUUGAUUUUGUACAAAUAUCUUCCUGUAUGCAUCUGCAUUUUUUAACACAGUGACAUAGUCAUUUUUCAGGCCUUGCUAACGUUGUAAAUAAUUUAUUUGGUUUUACUCUAACCUCUAUUAUCACAGUUUAAGUAUCUCAAUAGGCUUUUCUGUCCUCAAGAUGAGUUGAACAAUGUUGUUAAAUAAUUCAACUUUUACUUUCUUAAACAAAUUGUUCUCUGUUUCCAUAAUUGUAUGUGUCCCUGUGUAUGGAUAUUAAAUGUCCCUUUGUUUUUUUUUUCAAUCCAUCAUCUUUUUACAUUUAACAAAUAAAUUCUCUGCUUGAUUUUGACCAGUUUUGGUGAGUAAAAUUUAUCUGAAUAAAACUUUGUCUUCAGAGCAUGAAGAUUUCUCCUGCUGAAUAUCUGUAAAGUGCACUUAUUUCCCCUCCGGACAUCAAAUGGCAAUUAUUUGUCAUCAUUUUGACUCACAGGUGUAAACAUUUUACCAUAGCUUGUCAUGGAUGUUUAUGUCUUAAAUAAAUUCACUUUAAAAAUUA